AAUCAAUAGUGCUGUAAAAGAGGAAUAAACAAGGGCAUAUGCUUUUAAGUCUGGCUUGGUUCUGGUCUCUCUCUCAUUUGAUUUUUAUUAGUCAUUCAUCUAUCUCUCUGCAACUGCAAGGCUGCUAAGGAGAAAUAUGGCAAAGGGUCCAGGUCUCUACUCCGAUAUCGGCAAGAAAACUAGAGAUCUUUUGUACAGGGACUAUCAGAGCCACCAUAAAUUCACCGUCUCUACCGUUGCUGCCAAUGGAGUGGCAAUCACUCCCUCGGCCACAAAAAAGGGUGAAUCAUUUUUGGCUGAUGUGAACGCCCAAUGGAAAAACAAUAAUAUCACUACCGAUCUCAAGUUGGACAUCAACUCAAAUCUCUGUUCAACUAUUACCAUUGAUGAACUUGCACCUGGCCUGAAGACAAUUUUGAGCUUUGUUGCUCCUGAUCAGAGAUCUGGGAAGGUGGAACUACAGUAUUUCCAUGAACAUGCUGGAAUAAGCACCAGCAUUGGCUUGGCUGCUACUCCACUUGUCAGCUUCUCUGGAGUUGCUGGGAAUAACACAGUUGCACUUGGGACUGAUAUCUCCUUCGACACAGCCACAGGAAACUUUACCAAAUAUAAUGCCGCUCUGAAUUUCUCGUCUGGCGAUCUCAUUGCAUCUUUUGCAUUGAACGAUAAAUUCGACACCCUCACUGCUUCCUACAUGCACGCAGUAAGCCCAUUGACCAGCACAGCUGUUGGUGCUGAGUUGUCUCAUUGUUUCUCAAGCAAUGAAAACACUCUCACGAUUGGUACGCAGCAUGCACUGGAUCCAUUGACUAGCGUGAAGGCUCGGGUUAACAACAAUGGAAUAGCAAGUGCUCUAAUCCAGCAUGCAUGGCGCCCAAAGUCUCUUGUUACCAUCUCUGGAGAGGUGGAUACCAGGGCUAUUGAAAAGAGUGCCAAGGUAGGAAUUGCAUUGGCCCUCAAGCAGUAAAACUUUAUUUGAUAUGUCGCAGCCUUUUUUGUAUGGUGCAGAGCAAUAAACUAGGUUGAGUGAGAUUUCCUGGUACCACUAAUUUUGUUUUGAGGAAGGAAAACUCAUGUUAUGUUAAUGUGGUGGUAUUGGUACCGUGUAUUUUGGUCAUUGUAUCAAGUAUACUCUGGUGAGUGUUGAUUAUGGAAGUCGAAAAUAAUUUUAAGCUGGUGGAACAAAGCAGUAAUUUCAUUCUAAAUGUAAUUUCAAUUCUCCCCA